AUGGCUGCCGAUGUCAUUGGGCUCAUCGACAUCGCCGUCAACUGGGGCAAGGAGAUAAAGGCUGCGGUGGACGCCGCGAAGCACAACAAAGAUGCCUGCAGGGACAUUGGGGAGCGCGUCGCGCUGCUGGCGGAGCUGGUCGAAAGCCAGAAAAAGAAGCCCGAGCGCGAGUUGGAAAGGUUGAAAGCGUCGGUUCUGCGCGUGUCGGAGGACCUCGAAAAGGCAAAAGAUUUUCUCAAGAUGUACAACAGUGCAAGCUGGCUGAGGCGCCACGCCUUUGCAAAGGACUACAAAGAUGGGUUUUCAGCUGUGGGGGAAGCCCUGAGCAUUUCGCGUUCAGACUUUGCUGCUGUGGUGGAUUCUCUUGUGCUAGAGAAGGUCAGUGACCUCACUGCAGCAAACACGGCCGUGCAAAAGAAGUUCGAUGCUGUGUUGGCAAGAGUGAGGAGCCACAAGGAGAGUGCAGACAUCAGAACAUUGGAGUUUUGUGAACGGCCAGGCCUUCCUGAAAGUGCAACUGCGCUGAAGCCCAGAGUGGAUGCCAUCAAAAAGAUGGUGUUUGAGCCGGGCUCAAACCCCACAGCUCUGGUUGGCAUGGGUGGCGUUGGUAAAACUACCCUCGCUGCCGCCUUGUGCGCGGCAGUGGCAGAUGACUUUGAUCACAUUGUGUGGAUCAAUGUGGGGCAACGUCUUGAGGAAUCGGACAUCCUGGCGCGCCUACAGCAACUGUGGAAAGAGGUCAUGAAGUCAGACCCACCGCACAAGAGCAUCAAGAGCAUGCGCAAUGCUCUAUUGAAGGAACUGGAGAGCAAGAAGGCUCUGAUUGUCUUUGACAAUGUGUGGAAGUGUGAUGACAUCAAGACACUCUUGGUUGUCGGCGACCAGGGCAAGGUGUUGUUUACAACAAGAGAUUCAACGAUUGCAAGGCGGGUCCAUGCAAGAGAAUACAAGGUGAAAGAGAUGAAGGAAGGGCAGGCAUUGGAGCUCUUCUGCCGUUGCGCAUUCCAGCGCCCUUCAAUCCCAGAUGACAAGGAGGUGUACAGGCAUUGUGUGCAGGGAAUGGUUGCCGAAUGCGGAGGGCUGCCUCUGGCACUCAAUGUGGUGGGUUCAUUGGCGGCUGGCUACUUGGUGUUGGAAGAAUGGCAAGAAGGUUUGACCAAGCUCAGGAAGUCCAUUGGGAUGUGCACUGAGUACAACAAGAAGGUUUUAGCCCUGCUGAGGAUGAGCUUUGACUGCCUUGAGGAUGAUGAGCAGGAUCUAUUUCUGUGCCUGGCAGGAAAUCCCGAGGGCUACCAUGUCAGUGUCUCUGACUUGGUGGAGCAAUGGGUGCUGCGAAAAUAUGAUAUGGACAGGGAGGAAGUGGAUUCUGAUGAGGAAGCAGACAUUGAUGAGAACUUGACGCUCGGCUACAAAUUAUACAUGCAUCUGGUGCACCGUUCACUGGUCAUUCAUGACCCCUCUGGCAUUGUUGGUCUUCAAGGAGAGACAGACGAGGCGUUGAUGUUGUCCAUGAUGGGAUUUCAGGAGACCGAAGUGCGGACAGCAUCCUGCCAUCUACAUGACCUGAUUCGAGAGAUGGCCCUGAUGGUGACAAGCGAGGGAGACAUCACAAAUCGGCAGCGAUUGUUUUCUUGGACCUCAAAGAGCCUGCAGGCUACCACUGCAAUGGUGGUGGAGCUGUCGACCUGUUCUACCUCAGCAACCGGCCUAUUGCCAGGAGAUGUUCACCUGCCAAAGCUCCGGUCAUCUGUUUCAAGGGCCUCAAGGUUGCAAGCUCUUCCUGAGGCAAUCCUGCUCUCUGAGCUCAGGGUUCUUGAUGCAUCUUUCGCCAACCUGCAAUCGCUGCCACGGGGGCUCUCGCGCCUCCAAGGACUGCAACUACUGAGAUUGGACGGCAACAUGAUUGAAACACUGCCCCAAGAAAUCGGCCAUCUGAAGCACUUGGUUGUAUUGUCACUGCGUCUGUGCAAGAUGCUGACAGCUCUGCCAAGCGAAAUUGGAGAGUUGGGGAACCUGCAUGGCUUGCAUGUUGGUGGUUGUGCACUCCAGCACCUGCCAGAUUCAGUAGGGAACCUGCACAGUUUGAAGAAGCUUGACCUCAGCUUCUGCUCUGACUUGAAAGAGCUGCCUAUUACACUGGAAUCUGCCAGCGAGCUGGAAUGCUUGAAUGUGAAUGGCUGUGGGCAGCUGGCAUCCCUUCCACUGCGAUUGGGGUCUCUUCUUAAGCUCAGAGUGAUCCUUGCAGUGGGAUGCACCAUGCUGACAGAAAUGCCAAAGAAGUGGCCAGUCAGUUUGGAGGUUUUAGAUUUGCAGGGAUGUGAAAAUGUGAAGGAAAUACCUGAUGCAACGGAUCUUCAACAGUUGCGAAUAUUGCAUUUGUAUGGUUGCUUUGGGCUUGAGAGCUUUCCCAGCUCAGGAAUGCCUAGCCUGCAGUCGUUGGGCUUGCCUCUGGUUGACAUCUUUGAGCUAGAAUCAAAGAUCGAACUCGAAGAGGUUGCUAAGCAGCGCAAGACACGCUUGGACCUGGAGGAUGGGGUCUACUACUUGGUGAAGGGCAAGUUCACUCCGAGUUUUCACAGAUGGCUGCAAGGAACGUCCAUGCUGAAACUCCGACCGCAGGGAGUACAGUACUCGUACAUCAAAAUGAAGGAUGCAUGGACUCCACUGACUCGUGCUGCCUACAAAGGGCAGACCUCUAUUGUGGAGUCGUUGCUUGAGAAGGGUGCUGAUGGGAAUGCACCAGAUAAGGAUGGCUGGACGCCACUGACCCGUGCAGUUGACAAUGGGCAGAGAUCUGUAGUGACGUUGCUGCUUGACAAAGGUUUCAGUGGUGAUGUGUCAGAUGAGCUUGGAUGGUCGCCGCUGACCCGCGCAGCUGCCAGGGGCCACAAAGAAAUGGUGCAGUUGUUGAUUGAACAUGGUGCAGAAGCCACUAUGGUGGAUAAGAGUGGAAGGACACCUCUGGGGCGGGCAGCUGCCACUGGGCAAGCCUCUGUCGUGGAGUUUUUGCUCGACAGUGGAGUUGAUGGGAAUGCAUCAGAUGAGAAUGGCAUGACAGGACUGAUGCAUGCGGCUCUUGGUGGGCACGAUGCCAUCGUCAAAAUGCUCCUUGACAAGGGUGCUAACACGAGCGACAGAGAUAAGGUUGGAUGGACAGUCCUUCAUUGCGCAGCUGGAGGCGGAUCUGCAGAAGUAGUCAGCUGCCUGUUGGAACGCUGCGAUGCUGCCUUGCUGAGUGCCAAGACUGAGGCAGGACACACAGCACUGAUGCUAGCGGCUUUCAAUGGGCACAGCGCUGUUUUCAAAAUGCUCUUGGACAAGGGCGCUGAUGCGAGCGUCGUGGAAAAU